AUGAACAACAGCGAGCUCCAGGCCUGCAUGGGAUCACGAAAGGAAGCACAUCUUCAGCACCGGCUCUCCAUGAUGGGCAAGGAAAGGGAACAGGAUGAACAGGAUAAAGGGGAGGGAGAUGGGUUACCGACGCAACAUGAAGGGAAAAACAGACGCAAGAGCUGGAACUCAAGAGCAGGACGCACGAACAAGGGCAGGCUAAACCAAAUUGUGUCCCUGGCUUCCAGUUUGACGGCCGGCUCUGGUUGGAUUGUCCGCCUGGCGUGCGAGGGAAAUGCCAGUCCCCCUCGAAUUUCCAGCAACACGGAUUGGCCCGAAGGUUUCACCACGGACUUUUAG